GAAAAAGGGCGCGCCAAAGCCACGCCCAUCUUGCGCGAGCGCCACGUGCUGCGUGUGAACCUGCCUUUGGGAGGGAUUUGUGUUGUGGUGGAAGUACAGUGACACCGACAGAUCCGCUGCUGAAGAGUUUUUUCAUCUGAUUUCGUCCAGAGUGACUUUUGAAAUUAAAUAAAGAAUAACACCGAGCAGAAUUCGGUCAGAUUAUGGAAGGGAGUUUGGACUUCCUGUCUGAUGUGAAGAUGUUGCACAAGGAGGUGAUGAGGAACAGUGUGCUGAAGUCCACCCAGGCCAGUACCAGUUUAAGUGGUCAGUCGGUCAAAGACGUGAUUUUAAACAAAUGCUACAUUCCCCUUUCAGUCAGCAUUAAAAGCAAGACCUUGGACUUGGAAAGUGUGAUUUCGCAGGAGCUUGUUGAAGGCACUGAGGGUGGUAAGUUGCUCCUUUGUGGAGGGCAAGGGAUGGGCAAGACCACGGCAGUGGAACAGCUUAUAUGGGACUGGGCCUCUGGGAUCCAUCUUCAGCACUUUGCAUUUAUCCUGCGAUUGUGUUCAACCAUGUUUCAUGGACCUGAACAGAGUUUGCAGAGCGCACUCCUCAGUACACACACGCAUAUCUCUGCUGAGCAUCUUGAGAUAAUUUUGAAGACACCUCACACGAUACUUUUAGUGUUGGAUGACAUCCAGGACCUUCUAUCUAAUUACCCUGAAUCUGGUAAGCUGGUAUGUGACCUACAUCAGCCAGCAGAGGGCACCGUGUUGGUGCACAGUUUACUGCAGGGGGCUUUGCUCCCUGGGGUGUCCUUACUGCUUACAUCAAGAGAACCUGUCGAGCUGGAAUCUGCACGUUUUGCUCAUCUGAUUGGUUUCUCCAACUCCCAAAGGAAAGCUUUCUUUCAACGCUUUUUUGAUAACAAAGACGAAGGAGAGCGGAUCCUCCAGCUUUGCGAGGGAGCUGUGGGAAUCGAGGAGCUUUGUGCUUGUCCUGGGCUUUGCUGGACACUGUGCUGUGUGUGUAAAGAGCAACUGGGGAAUCAAUAUGGCGUCCCAGAGACGCUGACUGAGCUCUACUGUGUGAUCACAAACACACUACUGCGGGAGCAUAAGAUUAGCGUGGAGACGGCAAAUCAGCUUAUUUAUGGUUUGGGGAAACUUGCAAAACAGUGUACAUCUGUCAUCAGGACACACUCUGACAUCAUCAAAUGUGGCCUUCAACCCUUCCUGGGCUCCCAGAUCCUGUCUGCUCUCCUGCGUGUCAACGCUGUCACGAACGCUUCCCCCGAUUCUACGUUUUCCUUCAUGUCCCUGACAUUUAAAGACUUCUUAGGGGCAGCCUCAUUUUAUCUUGACCAUGAUGAUGGCAGGAUCCUAGAAACUCCCAGAGAAAUACAAAACUACCAUUUUUUUCUUGCUGGGCUUUCAGACCCUACACAGAGGAAACUCCUGGAAACCUCAGCAGGCCUCUUCAACAGCGGCCGUCUCGUCGAGUUCCACCGCUGGAUCAUGAACGUGGCUAAAGAGGUGCUGCCGAAUAUGGACAAAAAGAAUCACUGGCAGGUCUUGCGUAUCCUUCACCACACGCUCAGCCCCACCCUAGUAAGAGAGAGUGUGGACCUUUGCAAGUGGAGAUUGAUUGGCUAUAAUGACAUGCAGGAAGCCGAUUGUGCAGCACUGUCGUUUGUAGUGCAAUGCUUAGGAGAACUGCAGCGCCUGAACCUCUACAUGAGCUCACUUACUGAGGAGCAGGCGGAGAAGCUUGUAACCGUCUUCCGCUUGGCACAAACCAUAAACUUGGAUCAAAGCAGAGUGAGUGUGGAUGUGAUCAGACAUGUUGCUAAGGCGCUGAAGGACGGACGUGCCACCGACAUCAGCUUGGCCCACUGCAGACUGGGUCACGAAGCAGUGAAGAUCCUGUGUUCCUCCAUCACACACUCUUGUCUGCACUCACUCAACUUGUGGGACUGCUGUAUUACCCCGGAGUGCAGUGAAGCGCUUGCUGAGAUGUUGACCACUUCUAAGGUGUGUGUGUUGAACCUGGGAGCUAACAAGCUAAGCGACGGAGGACUCGUCCGGCUCAUCGGCGCGCUCGGGACGUUCACGUGCACGCUGCAGAAUCUUAAUUUGGAUCUCUGUCCUUUGACUGGUUCAUGCUUAGCUGCACUGUCGUCUGCCUUGAUGUCUUCUCUCUCUGAACUAAGAAAUCUUGUCCUGAGAAGGAUGGACCUGGCUGAUGACACUCUGGAGAAUCUCGCACAAGCACUACAAAGUGGCCGCUGCAAGCUCAGCACACUGAUUUUAUAUGACUGUGGGUUGACCGGUUCCUGUUGCCCGGCCCUAGCAGCCGCACUUCAGUCAGAACACUGCACUGUGACCGAGCUGGACCUGUCCGUGAACAAGCUCGACCAAUCGAACGCGCUCCUCAUCUGUGAUGCCCUGAAAUCCCCCAACUGUUCAUUAGAGAAGUUAUUUAUGAAUGCGUGUGAGCUGACCGAGCUCGUGUUCAGCGCACUGGGCAGUGUGUUGAUGUGUGAAGCGUCCAGGCUGAAGGUUCUCUCCGUCGGAGUGAACAGAUUAGGCGACGCCGCAGCAAAACACAUCCUGAAGGCUCUGAAACACCCAAACUGCCAGCUACAGGAUCUCGAUCUCGAGAUGGUGGAGCUGACGGACGUCUCUGUGGACGAGCUGUGUGAAGACGUCAUGGCGUGUAGCUCCUUAUCCAGCCUGAGUCUGAAGAACAACAACCUCACUGACGUUUCUGUCCCCCGACUGGUCAAGCUCGUUCAAGACCGUCCUGCCUUUAAACUGAACGUGAAGUAUAAUGACUUCAGCGAGGACGUAUUUGAGCUGAUGGACCCUUACGAAACGAUACGAUAUUAACCCGGCACCAUAUAUGGUACUAAUCCCUCAUGUAAUUCAGUAAUUGUAUAAGAAGAGAGAAAUAAUGUUUAUGUUUAAUGUUUAUUGCAAUGUACACCAUUACAUCUGAUCACAUAGCGGUUGCUUGCUAAGUUGCUUGUAGAUUUUAUUCGUAUUUUUAUUCGUAUUUUUAUUCGUACAUGCACGACCUUGUCUUGAACUCACUUACGUGCACUUAAUCUUUUCUCUGAGGUAUAAAUAUUACGACAUAUAAAAAUCUGUCACUGUACAUACAACUAGAUAGCUUUUAGCUGUAAUCGAUUAUUAGUGAGGGGCACGGUGGCUUAGUGGUUAGCACGUUUGCCUCACACCUCCAGGGUUGGGGGUUCGAUUCCCACCUCCACCUUGUGUGUGUGGAGUUUGCAUGUUUUCCCCGUGCCUUGGGGGUUUCCUCCGGGUACUCCGGUUUCCUCCCCCGGUCCAAAGACAUGCAUGGUAGGUUGAUUGGCAUCUCUGGAAAAUUGUCCGGAGUGUGUCUGUGUGUGAAUGAGAGUGUGUGUGACUGUGAUGGGUUGGCACUCCGUCCAGGGUGUAUCCUGCCUCGAUGCCCGAUGACGCCUCAUGACGCCGUCUUAGUCUCCGGAUUCGAACCUGAAGCGAAGACGGUCUACAUGCACACACCUGACAAUUCGACGGUAUUUGUAACGCAACCCAUUCUAAGCUCGACACGCUUCUUAGAGAUUACAGGAAGAGUCUCUGUGCUGUUAUUGUCUCCAAGGAGACGUCACGGAAUACCGGAGAAGAAGCAAUACCGUACAACAAAAUCUGGAAGAAAAUAUUUGAUUCAUAUUACUGCCUGAUAAAUAAAUGCAUCUGGAUCUGUUUAACAGCUUUUCAUAAA